CAAACCCGCUAACAACACAAACCAUUCUUGAAGGUUGAAUAAUCGUUUUGCCAAAAUUUUCACCAUACGCAAACUAUUAGCUAGUAAACUAAUGAGCUGCCCAAAAGGAUCUAUGGAGAUUGGACGGUGUGGCGCCGGAGUAGCAAAUAUAUCAUCUUAAGAUUUUGUUUCUUGUACAAAAGCUCAUCAACAUACAUUCUCCGCCCCGACAACUUUCCAACAAGACAAAGAAGAGAAUGGCCGGCGGCCGGCCACCUCAUCAAAUCAAAUCCCCAAAAUCAUCCUCCUCCGUAGCCCUUCCCGCCCAAUCAAUUCCCACGCACACCAAUUUUAUAUUAAAUUUCCUUCAACCUCUCUUCUUCCUUCCUUCACUAGCUCAAUCCCAAUAAUCUCCAUCCAUGACGUCCACUUCCUUCUUUCUUCUCCUUCUUCCCCUUCUCCUCCUCCUUCAAACCCUCUUCUCCUCAUCAAACGCCCACUCCACGGCCACCUCUUUCCUCGACCACUUCACCGAAGCCCCCAAAAUCGGCGACCGCCACCCGGCCAUCGCCGGCGUCAAAACCUACCUCCGCCGCUACGGCUACCUCUCCGUCGACGACAUCGACGACGACCACUACUUCGACGUGCUCCUCGAGUCUGCUCUCAAGACCUACCAAUCCAACUUCAAGCUGGACCCCACCGGCCGGCUCGACGCGCCAACGGCGGCCAUGAUGAGAACCCCGCGCUGCGGCGUCCCCGACGUGCUCAACGGCACCAACUGGAUGGCGGCGCCGGCGAGAGUUACUCACCACCACCACAGCCGCUUCCGAACCACCGCGCGGUACAACUUCUUCCCCGGGAACCCGACGUGGCCGGAGGGGAAGCGGAACCUGACGUACGGGUUCCUCCCGGGGACGCCGGAGAUGGCGAGGAAGCCGGUGGCGCGUGCGUUCAAGAAGUGGGGCGCGCACUCCCACGGGCGGUUCGCGUUCGUGGCGACGACGGAGGAUCAAGCGGGAUCGGCCGAUAUUAAGAUCGGGUUCUUCAGCGGAUUCCACGGGGACACGGGUUCGUUUGAUGGGCCGGGCGGGUCGCUGGCCCACUCGAGCCCACCGGAGUCUGGGCUUUUGCACUUCGAUUCGGAGGAGACUUGGGCCGUGGGCUCGGUGCAGAAGGCUUUUGACGUCGAGACGGUGGCUUUGCAUGAGAUCGGGCAUAUUCUCGGGCUGAUGCACAGCUCGGUGCCGACGGCGAUUAUGUACCCGGCGGUGGGGGACGGUGUGACGAAGAAGCUGAGCCGGGAUGAUGUUCAUGGCUUCAGGGCUCUGUAUAAGGUCUGAAUUUGGAUUGGAAAAUCAAAUUAGUCUAAUAUAUGUUUACUUUUUGACAAUGAAAGUGAUCCAUUUAUUCUGAAAAUCAAGGAAGUAUACUGUAUACAUUUUUCUUAACAUAUUGAAAAAUUAAGGAGUGUAGCACAAUAUCUUAAUUAGCAAAUCAUGAGUGGCAGUACCUCUCGUAAUGUCAUACUUGCCUCCUCUCGUAACAAUAACUGGAGUAUUUGACU